CUUUAAUAUUCCUUCAUCCAUUUGGAAAAAAAAAAUCAUGAAGACUUUUGUUCUGUUUGUCCUGAUUCUGGCAUUGACCUUGGCAGCUUGGUGCAGCGGAGAAGCACCACCAAAAGCACAGCCACAGGUGCCUUGUUACUUCGUUUUUGGAGCUUCGUAUUACGACGAUGGCAACAAUAACCGUCUUUUGACCCUCGCUAAAUCCAAUUAUCCUCCUUAUGGAAUUGAUUUUCUCCAAGGCCCCACUGGAAGAUUUACAAAUGGUCGCACCACUGCUGAUUUUUUAGCUGAAUUUCUUGGAUUCAGCCACUUCAUUCCAUCCUUUGCAAGCCAAAGUAAUCGGAAAUGCAAUAAGGACAUUCUCCAAGGCAUAAAUUAUGCCUCUGGCUCAUCUGGGAUUCUUAAGGAAACUGGGAGGCACGUGGGUGCUCGAAUCGGAAUGGACGGGCAGCUCCAAAAUCACAAAACUAUAAUCUCGCGCAUCUCCACGCUGUUAGGAAACACGACCGAUUCAUACCUUAACAGUUGCUUAUAUACAGUUGCAAUGGGCGACAACGACUAUAUCGGCAACUAUUUUCUGCCACUAUUUUAUAAUACAAGCCGCCAUUAUUCUCCUCAGCAGUAUGCUUUUCGUCUUCUUGAACAAUACUCUAAACAAUUAACGAGUCUCCACGAGCUUGGAGCCAGGAAGAUAGCAUUGUUUGGAAUACCUCCGCUUGACUGUUCUCCUGAUGCCAACUCCAAACAUUUUGCUGCCAAAAACUAUUCUGAAUGUGUAGGUGAAAAGACCCAUGCAAUUGGCCUUUUCAACGCCGGGCUUAAAGGACUCGUUGAUCAACUUAAUAAAGAUCUAAGAGAUGCCAGAUUUAUGUUAGUGGACGCCUAUGGGAUAUCUAGAUCUUCAGUAUCCAAAUUUAAGGUGACAGAUGCGGCUUGUUGCAAAACAGAGCCAAGAGUGGGUCUUUCCAUAUGUAUUCCUCGUGUUGAUCCUUGUGCCGAGAGAAACGACUACAUGUGGUGGGAUGCGGUUCAUCAGACGGAGGCUGCCUAUAGGAUCAAUGCCCAAAGAGCUUUCAAGGCUCAAUCUCCUACCGAUACCUACCCAGUUGACAUUACUCAAUUACUUCAAUUAUAGGUCUAGCUACCUUUAUCAUUAUUAUUAUUUUCCCUAAAGAUAGAAUUCAUUAAAAGCCUCUAAUUAAGCAUGAAAAAAAAUUACAAAGUUGAUUUAUAUCUAAGGAUUACAAAUAAGCAACGCUUUUGCCUGCCAGGCUAUGAGGUAGCUAGAUGUAUUAUCAGAUUUCCAGAUUAAUCAUUGUUGUUGCUUUUCUUAGCCAUUUUCCAAUUGAAGCAGAAGCAUGCCACAAACAUCUUUUUUAACUCUAGCUCUAUGUAGCGAUUUCUGGUUCCUUUUGUUAGGAAAUUUCCUUGUUGCUUCGUUCUCAUCUAUAUCUAUAUUGAAUAUUGAUACGUAGCUAAUAUAUUUCUAUGUUGAAGUUGGAUUGCGAAAUGGAUCCAAUGCAGCAAUUGUAACGCUUGUUCCUCUUUGCAUUCCUUGAUGGAAAACAGUGAUUUAUAUAUUUUUGAAUUAUUUUGG